UCACAGAUUCGUCUGCUCAUCCUGUUCACAGCAUCACAAAUUCCAAAACACGAUUGGUAAUGGCUCUCAUGGGGAUGCGCAUUACAAGUCUUCCUCUCUUUGCAAAUCUGCAUUACAACUCUGGUGUGGUUACGUUUUUACUCAGGAUACUGGUGUUCACAAUGCGUACAUACGGAUCGCGCGUGUGUGAAACAAGGGC